UGAAAACAUCUCAUACCACAAUCUUUGCGUGCUGGUAACUGAUUCCUAAGUUUUUCCAAACUUCGCAACUGCCAUAGUCACGGUAGUAUUGUGCUACCUACGGAGCAACUGUCAGGUUCUGCGGACUUUGCGUACUGUCACUCUUCGAGUUGCACAACAUCUAGUGCAUGGUGAAUUAUCCGGGGCCCGAGCGAGAGCUAGCGUAUCACGUGUAAGGACACUACGGCAGAAAGUAUUCCCUAGCGCGCACAAGCGAGGCUUGGCCACGGAUCGUUUGGCAAAAGUUCCAACACCACAACGAGCCUCUCGACAAUCUACUAACGUUGCAGCACCCGGCCUUUGCGAUACCGCCGUCAAGAUGAAGCUCAACAUCUCGUACCCCAACAAUGGCACCCAGAAGCUGAUCGAGAUUGAAGACGAGCGCAAGCUGCGCGUCUUCAUGGACCGCCGUAUGGGCCACGAGGUCCCCGGCGACAGCGUCGGCGACGAGUUCAAGGGCUACAUCUUCCGCAUCACCGGCGGCAACGACAAGCAGGGCUUCCCCAUGAAGCAGGGUGUCAUGCACCCUACCCGUGUGCGCCUGCUCCUCGCCGACGGCCACAGCUGCUACCGCCCCCGCCGCACCGGCGAGCGCAAGAGGAAGAGUGUCCGCGGCUGCAUCGUCGGCAUGGACCUCUCCGUCCUCGCCCUUAGCAUCGUCAAGAAGGGCGAUGCCGACAUCCCCGGCGUCACCGACACCGUCCACCCCAAGCGCCUCGGCCCCAAGCGUGCCACCAAGCUCCGCCGUUUCUUCGGUCUCAGCAAGGAUGAUGAUGUCCGUAAGUUCGUCAUCCGCCGCGAGGUCCAGCCCAAGAAGGAGGGCGCGAAGCCCUACACCAAGGCCCCCAAGAUCCAGCGCCUGGUCACCCCCCAGCGCCUCCAGCACAAGCGCCACCGCGUCGCACUCAAGCGCCGCCGCGCAGAGGCAUCCAAGGAUGCUGCCAACGAGUACGCCCAGAUCCUCCACAAGCGCAUCACCGAGGCCAAGUCCGCCCACGACGAGGCCAAGAAGAGGAGGGCUUCUUCCAUGAGGCAUUAGAUUAUGUCUACGAGUACAUGAGUUCUGGGAUGAUCCUUUGGCGUCGGCUCAAAAACGUGGUGUGGGUUCAUCUGAAUGGAAGCUUCGGAUUUCUAGGCAUGGGCAUUAACAUACCCGGUACUGCAUUUUGUAGCAGUCGGUUUUCAAUGAAGCAA